AUGGAUAUUCAAAUUGUUUCUCUUAAUCAGAGGAGUAGUUGCUUGAUUCGGAAUCCCCAUUUCUCUGGGUCCUUCUCAAAAUAUUCAUCAAUCCACUCUCUUCUCCGUUUCUCUGCAAUAAAGAAGAAUAUAGAUACUGACUUUCCAAAUUUGAACAGUGUAUUCAAGGUGUUUGUGAAUUUGUUUCACUGGGAAAAGUUGUUUAUUACAUCCUCAUUUUGUUUUAUUGAUGUUGGGAAAUGGUUAAUACUUAUUAAGGGAAAUCUUACUAAGUUGUCAGACUUGUCAAAAACCGAGGUUGAUAGCCUUAAAGCUCGCCCUCGCAUUGAUUUUUUCUCCAUUUUUAUUACGGUCCAACCUAUUGUAGAUGAUGUGCGUAACAGAGGCGAUGCUGCAGUUACAGAGUAUACCACAAGGUUCGACAAAGUUUCCCUUGAUAAAAUCAUUGAGCGAGUUGCUGAUCUUCCUGAUCCUCAGCUUGAUCCAGCUGUUAAAGAGGCAUUUGAUGUUGCUUACGAUAACAUCUAUGCAUUUCAUUAUGCUCAAAAGGCUCCCCCAGAGAAAGUUGAGAACAUGAAAGGUGUUAGAUGCAAGCGAGUAUCAAGGUGCAUUACUUCUGUGGGUCUUUACGUUCCCGGGGGAACUGCGGUUUUACCCUCAACAGCUCUCAUGCUUGCAGUGCCUGCACAGAUUGCAGGAUGCAAAAUUGUAGUUCUGGCUACUCCUCCAGGAAAAGAUGGCAGCAUUUGCAUGGAGGUGCUUUAUUGUGCCAAAAAAGCAGGUGUUACUCAUAUUCUUAAAGCCAGGGGAGCUCAGCCAUGGCGUGGGGGACUUCAUCUUGUCCGAAGGUGGAGAAAAUUUUUGGACCUGGAAAUCAAUAUGUCACUGCUGCAAAAAUGAUUCUUCAGGGGUUUUACUGCACAUCACUCAAUGGGGAGAAGAGAAAAGAGAAGCUCUGAAAAUUUUGUGGUAAAAGAAGAAACGAAGUCUGUUGUGAUUAUUUUAUGUUGUUUUUAAUGAGAAUGUUUUUUAAAGUUCAGUUCAUCAACGAUAUAAAACCCUCCCUUCGGAAAUAAGAUUUUUACAUAAUCCGAAAGAUUUUUGUCAGAGGAACUGAUUUGAGGAGAACACGAACCGUAAUUAAGCGGCGGCGAUAGAAAAUGAUGAGUUGUGUU